UCUUCACCUCCUCUCCUCUCGGCGGUCACAGCCUCGGUCUCUGUCUCUGCUCGGUCGCUUCAGCUGAGAGAAGCUGCUGAAGGACUCUGUGGUCGCGAACAGACGCACAGAUCGACCUGCACCUGCACCUGCCUGCCCACCUGCCUACCUACCUGUCUGUCUGUCUGCCUACCUGUCUGUCUGUCUGUCUGCCUACCUGUCUGUCUGUCUGCCUACCUGUCUGUCUGUCUGUCUGCCUACCUGUCUGUCUGUCUGUCUGUCCGCCUGUCUGGAGGCUCUGCAGGCAGAACUUCUGGUCCGGACCGACACUUCAGCCUGGAGAAAAUGAAACUGGAUGCGAUCCUACCUGUGCUGCUGUGUGCCAUCUGUCUGCUCGUCCUGCCGUCGUCCUCUACCCCCCACCACGAGCCAGAUGAUUCGAAGCUUCUCCAGGUGACCAUCCCCCGCUCCCAGUCUGAGAACGCCGUGCUGGGCGGCUCUCUGACGUUACCCUGCCUGGUGUCUCUGGCCCACCCGCCGCCGUCUCCCGCCACCAACGGCCGCCACGCCGUUCUCUCCCUCCCCCGGGUCAAAUGGAGCGUUCUGACUCAGGGCACGGAGACGGAGAUCCUGGUCGCCCGCGGCGACAGGGUGAGGGUCAACGAGGCCUACAAAGACCGAGCCUCGCUGCUCAACUACGCCUACUCCCCCGCCGACCUCACCCUGCGGCUGGAGGGCCUGAGGCAGAACGACACCGGCUUCUACCGCUGCGAGGUGCAGCAGGGCCUGGAGGACGCCGACGACCUGGCUCACGUCAAGGUCAAAGGGGUGGUGUUCCAUUACCGUGAUGCAUCCAGCCGCUACGCCUUCACCUUCGAGCAGGCCAGAGAGGCCUGCGAGGACAUCGGGGCUCAGAUUGCCACUCCAGAGCAACUUCUGGCCGCCUACAACAGCGGAUACGAGCAGUGUGACGCCGGCUGGCUCUCCGACCGCUCGGUGAGAUAUCCAAUUCAGAUGCCCAGAGAGGGAUGUUUCGGGGACAUGGACGGACUGCCAGGAGUCAGGAACUACGGACUGCUGGAGCCGGAUGAGCUGUACGACGUGUACUGCUACGUGGAGAACAUCGAGGGUGAGGUGUUCCAUGGCUCCGCCCCCCAGCGCUUCACCUUCUGGGAAGCCAAGGCUUACUGUCUGAGUCACGGCGCCGAGCUGACCACCACCGCUCAGCUGUACGCCGCCUGGAACGACGGACUGAACCACUGCAGUCCUGGUUGGCUGGCGGACGGGAGCGUGCGCUACCCCAUCGUCACCCCCAGAGAGCGCUGCGGAGGCGGCGAACCUGGAGUCAGAACCGUGUACCGCUACAGCAACCAGACGGGCUUCCCCGAGGUGCACACUCGACAUGACGUCUACUGCUUCAAAAGUGAUAACGGACCUUACACAGAAUCCCCUCAGGAAUUUCUUGCCACCGAGCCGGAGGACAUUGGCCAGGACAUUUUCUUAACUAAUCCUGCAGAGGAGGAGUUCAGCCGGAGCGAGGUGACGGCAAAGUGGGUCGAAGAGGUCCAACAGGCCCAGACGGCCAACCCUGUGAAGCUGGGCCCUGUGGAGGCUCAGUCCCCAACACUGGGUCACGAUGAGGAGACGCUGGAGACGGUGGACCUUCAUCAGUCCGUCACUCCUCCGUCUGAGUCCACAGAGGACAUCGUGGAGGUUAUAGAGAAGGCCAGCUACCCAGAGUCCUACCAGCCAGCACCCGAAGAGAACCCCCACACAGAACACGAAGAGUUUCAUGUACCUCCGACAGCUUCUCCUGGUGCUGCUGCUGUAGUAUCUGUCGGUGAAGACGCCACUUCACCCACAACUGACGCAACAACGUCAACAGAGAGCGGAGACACUUCGGAGCAUCACAUCUCUGCGACUGACAGCGUGGACACACCGUGUCUGUGCACAACAUCUGGACCCGACUCGAACGAGCUCCUCAGCAGCUCUCCAGAUGUUCCUCGGGAGGGCGACCUUCCCGUCUCACAAGAGGACCACACUCCAGAGGUCCAGCUGGAACACGCCUCCGAAGCCGAGCUCGUCAACUCGAGCACCUCUUACGAUGUUUCCGGACAGCCUGAAGAUUCCAGCGCCGCCGCCGCCGAGGAGCUGACUACUGCGCUCCACACCGAGGAAACAGAUGUUCGCUCCACCACGCCGUCGCUGUCUUUUGACAACAGCACGCCUGAGAUCCACCCAACAGAAGACGAGUCUGGAGAGGAGGGUGAGGAGGAAACACAGGAGGCCGUCACACAGAGUUCGGUUGGUACCAACAUCUCUGCGUCUGAUCCAGAUCAUCUUCUUUUAACAGCUUAUGAUCCGACUCCGGAGCACCUUGGUGUAACCGUGGAGUCGUCCACGCCGGCUGAUCACGAAGAUGAGGAGCCCCACAGCACCUCAGAGGAGGAGGCAGAACCAGAACACAGCGGACACAUCCAUCCUGCAGAAACAUCAGCAGAGGUCUUCACGGUUGCAGACGACUCCGGUGUUCUCAACAGUGAUCCAGUCACUUUGUUGACAUCCUCUGUAACUCUGUCUCCCCCCUCAGUGGAGGUGGAGGCCAGCUCCCCAGAGAUUAUAACCUUCAUACCCGAAAGCAAUGCUUCAUCUGAGGCCGGACCUGUGGAGGACAUCCAGGACAAACAGGAGCAGGAGGGAUUGGGAGAAAGCCCUGAAGUAUUCCUCAGCACCACCCAAAAUAUCACAGACGGUGAUCCUGAGGAGAGGGAACAAGAUGGCAGAGAGGGAUCAGGUGAGUCAUCUGGAGAAAGUCCAGAGGUGAGACAAGGACUCCUGCUGACUACACUUUCAACGGACCGCACUUCCUCUGAGGGAGCUGACGGCGAGGCCGGCACUGAUACGCCUCCUGAAUCUGAGGUAAAAAUCACCCUGAUCCCUCAUCUGACCCUCACGCCCGGCUGGGAACCAGAACCCUCGUCCUCGGCACCGCAGGAGUCCCGCUCCGAUCGGGAAUACAGCGCCGAGCCUCCCGUCACCAAGGAGUCCGAUGACGCCACUAAACAGCGUGAGGUCGUGACUGAGAUCACCAGCAGCAGCGUCGACGAACACGGAUCAGAGGGAGGAGAGGGGGAGACCAGCACGGACGAGCCUUCGGUCAAAAUGUGCACGUGGCGUCCGGACGAGGAGGAAACCUCCAGUCCGACCCACGGCGCUCCCACGGCGUUCCCAGAGUCGGUCCAGAGAGGCGGCGAGGAGCAGACCGCCAUGGCCGCCGCCCUGCCUGCAGCCAAAGUGUCUGCUGUAAGACAAGGAGGCCUGUCAGACGCCUGCCUGGAGAAUCCGUGUCUGAACGGAGGCACUUGUGUCGACGGUGAAUCGACGAGGUGUCUGUGUUUGCCGGGUUACGGAGGAGACUUGUGCCAGACAGACCUGGAGGCCUGUGAGCCCGGCUGGGAGAAGUUUCAGGGCUUCUGUUAUCGUCACUUCACCAAGAGGCAGAGCUGGGAGGCGGCCGAGCAGCACUGUCGCAUGUGUGGAGGACAUCUUCUGUCCGUCAUGACCCCCGAGGAGCAGGACUACAUCAACGACAAAUACAGAGAAUAUCAGUGGAUCGGACUGAAUGACAGAACCAUUGAGGGAGACUUCCGCUGGUCGGACGGGAACCCGCUGCUCUAUGAGAACUGGUACACGGGUCAGCCCGACAGCUACUUCCUGUCCGGCGAGGACUGCGCGGUGAUGGUGUGGCACGACGGCGGCCACUGGAGCGACGUGCCCUGCAACUACCACCUGUCCUACACCUGCAAGAAGGGCAUCUCGUCCUGUGGCGAGCCCCCCAAGGUUCCCUUCGCCAAGGUGUUUGGGAAGAAGCGGAUGCGCUAUGAGACCAACACGAAGGUCCGGUACUACUGUGAGGACGGGUUUGUGCAGAAACUGAAUCCUGUGAUCAAAUGCCAGCCAGGUGGCCAGUGGGAGGAGCCUCUGAUCACCUGCAUGCCGACCCAUCCAAUGGAAGAAGACCCGGUGACCUCACGUCCUCACCAGCGCGAGGCGGUCAUGGACGUCAUGGAGGUCAAGGUCACGGCCACAGAGAAAGCAGCUCCUCUGUUCUGGGACAUUAAGUGGAGCGUCUGAAGCCAUCAUGCCUUUUUUUUUUCCCCACCUCCUCUUUCUCCCCUUUUUCCUGUGACUCAAACAGACCUUUCAGCCCAGUUCUUCUGCAGUAAGUUCAAAUGUUUUAAAGUCUAAUAUUUCAUAUUAAAGUCAUCGUGAUACAUGGCAGUGAAGUUAUGGAAGCUUUAGGUGAAUCUGAGUUGAAGCUAAAUCCAAACCAAACCUGGAGGUUUCUUGAUGCUGAGAUAUCUCUGGAAAAGAAAUGACUCUGAAAAUAACUUUCCUCUGAAACACAAGAUAAGAGCAGAUCCUCCACACGGACACAACAACAAACAGCCUUUAACAUCUUCACUCUUCUGAUUAAAAGAGUUUACUGUUUGUGUUCUCGGGUCGGUUUGUAGGAUCCUCGCUUAUCUUUCUGACUUCAACGUGGAACAACAUAUUUUAAUGUGACGAUAAAAAACCUGGAAUCUGAUUUACAAAAUGCACACGAACCCUCAGUUUUCUUAUUUCCAAGUACGAUUUAAUCACGUAAACGUAUCAGUCUGUGUUGCCCGACAUAAACCAAAUUAAAUAGCUGAUGUGAUGUGAACCAGAAAUAUUUUAAAAUAAGAUUUACGGCACCACUUAUUCUCCUCACUGACUGUAACCAGCAGUAACCUGUGAUGUGCUUUAGUCUCAUAAUCGACCACCAGUUUGUAACUAAUCAAACCUGUUUGACAACGUUGAAUUUAUGAAUUUGACCGCUCGAGUCGCGAACACGCUGCAUUCUAACAUGUGUGACAAACAUUUUGUGUUCACGACAGUUUGCAGUUCACCGGCUACAAACCUGCUGUACUUAAAUUCUGGAGGAUUCCUUCAGUGGAAGGGAUUUGUGUCCCUGUUAAGAUCUGACACACACAUUUCCUGCAGGCUGCACACUUAAAAAACACGCGUUCAUCAUGUAAAAGCACUUAUAAAAUGCAAUGUUGCAUCAUUCCUGCACAAAGUGUGAAGAAUGAGGAAAACAUGCAAAGAAAAUGUGCAAAAUCCACAUUUUUGGUUCAGAUUCCUGUUCUGGACAUUCAUGCAAAUGAGAACAUGUUUAAUCAAACAGUCCAAUUUGCAUAUUUAUGUGUUAAAUAUCAGAAAAGUACCAAAUACAAAAAAAAAUUGUUUUAAUCUAAGGUCAGGACGAGCUGAUCAGUCUGAUUACUCACCUGUAUGUGGAGACUCCUGCCAGCGAUCACACCUGAAGUUAAUCUGGCCAAUCAGACGGAACCAGUGCCGCUGUGUGUUUCUGUUGUUAGCAGAAUAUUCUUUAUAUUUUGUAAGCGCAGCUUUAACGUCGUGGUAAAUUAAUGUUGUCUAAAACAAAACUCACACGUCCAGAAAACUCAACCUCUGUGUCACAGAAACCUUCAGCUCUUUUUACUAACGAGGGAAUAAAACCAGAACCCGACAAACCAGAACCUCUGGACCACCUCUGUGCACACACGACAUCUUUUUUCCUUUAAAGAGUUGCAGAUUCAGCUUCUCUGCUCGUCCUCUGGUGCUUCUCAUUCAGGUGUCUCUGAGACUUUGUUGUUUGGUUUGCUAAUAUUAAAGCUGUACUGUAUCUGUAGGUGUGUUAGCAUACAAGUGAUUCUUGCAGUUUCUUGGUGUUGGGGGGUCAGUGAGGAAAAAAACAAAUCUGUAUCUUUUGUAGUGAUUAAAGACGUUCUGUAUGAUAAUAGA